GACUCUCCCACUGCAGCUUACCCGGGACAGGAACCACAGUGAGGGGGCUUGUGGGCUUUUCCAAAGAAGCUCAAUCUAAUUCAGGACAAUGUCGAUGAGCCCCAAGCAUACGACCCCCUUUUCAGUGUCCGACAUCCUGAGUCCCCUGGAGGAGAGUUACAAGAAGGUGAGCAUGGACGGCGGCAACAAUAACAACAACACCACCGGAGGAGGAAGUGGAAACCUCGGGGCCCAGCUGGCAGGCUACCGGCAGCCGCAGGUGUCCCAAGCCGCCAUGCAGCAGCACCACAUGGGCCACAACGGCAGCGUGUCGGCGGCGUACCACCACAUGAGCGCCGCCGGGGUGGGCGGCUACUGCAACGGCAACAUGGGGGAGCUGGCCCCCUACCAGGACGGCAUGAGGGGCAGCGCCACGGCCGCGGGCUGGUACGGAGCCAAUCCGGAUCCGCGCUUUUCCACCAUUUCCCGCUUCAUGGGCUCGUCUUCCGGCAUGAACAUGAGCAGCAUGGGCGGCCUGGGCUCCCUGGCGGAGGUCCACGCCAAAGGCAUGGGCUCCCUGGCCUCCACCCCGCGGAGAAAGCGGAGGGUGCUCUUCUCCCAGGCCCAGGUCUACGAGCUGGAGCGCCGCUUCAAGCAGCAGAAGUACCUCUCCGCCCCGGAGAGGGAGCACCUAGCCAGCAUGAUCCACCUGACCCCCACGCAGGUGAAGAUCUGGUUCCAGAACCACCGCUAUAAAAUGAAGCGACAAGCGAAAGAUAAGGUGUCCCAGCAGCAGAUGCAGCAGGAAGGGGGGUCCUGUCAACAACAGCAGCAACAGCAGCAAUCCCCCCGCAGGGUCGCGGUGCCCGUGCUGGUGAAAGACGGGAAGCCGUGUCAGGGCAGCGGCCACACGGCCUCCACCGCGCAGGCUCCCACCCACCACCACAACAACAACCAGCAUCACCACCACCACCACCAGCAUCACCACCAACAACAACCCGCAAAUGUCAUGAUCAUGUCCGCGAGCAGCAACCACACCCCCGGGUUGGCGCACCAGCAAGUCAGCAGCGCCGGUCACUCUCCGGAUUUGGGCCCGCACUCCUCCAGCCCACCGGCGCUGCAGAGCCAAGUCGCCGGCCUCUCUCACCUCAAUUCCCCCGGGGCGGAGUACGGCUCUGCGCUGCAGUGUUCCGCUCUGUUGUACGGCAGGACUUGGUGA